AUGGGCGUCUCAGGCCUUCUCCCGCUGCUCAAGUCCAUCCACAGGCCGACUGAGCUGAAGAAAUUCUCGGGCGAGACGCUUGGCGUCGAUGCCUACGGAUGGCUUCACCGUGGAGCUAUUGCCUGUGCUGUAGACCUGGCUCAAGGCAACCCCACUCGCAAGUAUGUUGACUUCGCCAUGCACCGGGUGAGGAUGCUUCGGCAUUUCGGCGUCAAGCCCUACCUGGUUUUUGACGGCGACUUCCUCCCCAGCAAGGCCGCCACCGAAGAUUCCCGAGCCAAACGCCGCGAAGACAGCAAGAAGCUGGCCAUGGAGCUCGUCAAGGCCGGAAAAUCGUCUCAGGCCCAGCUUGAGUUUCAGAAAGCCAUCGAUGUCACACCGGAGAUGGCCCGCAAUCUCAUCGAUGAAUUGAAAAAGAUUGGUGUCUCGUACGUCGUUGCACCGUACGAAGCCGAUGCCCAGCUCGUCUACCUUGAACGCCAAGGUCUAAUCGACGGCAUCCUAUCGGAGGACUCGGAUUUGUUGGUUUUUGGUUGCAAGCGGCUCCUCACAAAACUCGACCAGUAUGGCAAUUGUAUCGAAAUCAACCGGAGGGACUUUUGCGCGUGUCGAGAGGUAUCGUUGACGGGCUGGACGGAUACCGACUUUCGCCGUAUGGCUAUUCUCAGUGGAUGUGACUAUCUGGAGGGUAUCAACAACAUGGGUUUGAAAACAGCGUACCGGAUGCUACGCAAGCACAAGACGCCUGAACGAUUAAUCCGGAUGAUUCAGUUUGAGGGAAAGCACCGCGUUUCGGAGAACUACCUGCCACGAUUCUUUCAGGCCGAGUUAACCUUCAUUCACCAACGAGUGUAUUGCCCAACGAAGAAGCAGAUGGUUUGUCUAACGGAACCCGAGGAGGGUAAAGGCGUAGAGGACAUGCCGUUUAUCGGCGCCUACGUUGAGCCCGAAGUAGCCACAGCUGUUGCUGUCGGAGACAUCAACCCAAUGACGAAGAAGACGAUUAUCCCCGCGCCCAUGCCCGGCUCCAAAUCGGAUGCCAAACGGAGGCAUUCGCAAUCUGCCGAGGUCCUUGCGGCGAAUGCCUCCUCUACCCGCACACGUCAACCUGUCAAGCCCAUCGACUCCUACUUCAAGGGCCAUCAACGCAUUCCCAUGGGCGAGAUGGAUCGCAAUUGCUUCUCGGUUGACCCGCAGCGGGUUGCUGCCCUUACUCACAAUGGUCUCGUACCCCGCGUGUUUCCUCUGCCCAGACCAUACAUCGAAGGUACAUCAUCACAACCGAGUAAUAGCUCUCGCUCUGUUCGAACUGGACGUCCAACAACCUCUCCACGUCUUCAUCGGCGGCGGACGGAACCAGUCCAGGCUACGCUAGAACCGUAUGCGCCAUCAAGCUCUGACAGUACCCGUCGUGUUACACUCGGCGAGGCGACAAACACUUUAGACGACAUUGAUGCGUUGAUGAGGAGCAGCUCUCAACGACCGCCAAAGAAAGUCCGACUUUGCGCAGACACGGACGAGCCCGAAACCAAAUCUGAGGAAUCCCAAAAAAGCAAGUUCUUCCCCAAGGCUGGAAGCACGAAGACGAACAAGAAAGACGGCUACUUGUUCUCCGACGACUCAAUCGACGAGGCAUUGUUAAGCCUUCCAGACAUUGACGAAUGGCAUAACCCGAAACCGAAGUCAAUCUCGGUUUUUGAGGAAAGCCAGAGCACUGAAGCAACUACCAGCACGGACAGCCAGUUCAGCAAAGAUGAAGAGAUAGCGACCACGCCCCUUAGUGACCUCUCCGAAGAAGAGGAAACAUCCGGAUUGAAGUCUACCGCCUUAUCUACCGAGGCAAGUUCACAGCAGUCGAUUCUGCAGAAAUUUUCAUACAAAUCUCAGCCGAGUCCUGCCACUUCAAGCCAACCCGAAACACCGGGAUCGGCUGCCUCGAGACAGUCGUCCAUUUUCACGCCUUCGACCGCCGCUCCGUCCACGGCAGCAUCGUCCAUUACUUUCUCCGCCGGCUCAACCACCGAAGCGCCAGUGUCUAAGACAACCCCAUUGCUCACCCCGCUCCAACGCCUCGGCGCCCGUGCGCUCCAGCGAAAGAACCCUCCCCCGCGCCGGACACUGUCUCCAACGAAGAGUGCGAUCCAGCGGAGCCCCAGGCGCAGCCCGCAGAAGAGCCGACUGCUCAAGUCAAUCCCCGUUAACCCCUCGUUCGUACCUCUGCCCAAGGUGGACCUGGCAGAGGUGGAGGCACUGAAUGCGCCAUGUGGAAGCGAGGACCAAAUCAUACCAAACAGCGACGAUGAGAACGAUGACGGCCUACCGCAAGGCCUGGAUGAGACGGAAAAGCAACCGCGGGCCAAGGCCCUGAAUCUCUCUCGUUUUGUGUACAGCUGA